AUGUUGGAUAUGGGAGAACGCAAAGAGCUGAAGAUGAUUCCUAAAUCUUCGUUUAGUAUAAACAGUUUGGUGCCCGAGGCUGUGCAAAACGACAUCAUCCACCAGAACCAGAAUCCCCACCAGAACCACCACCGGUCCGAUGGAGCGGAUGAUGAACAGAAAGCCCUUCUCCCGGCCUUCCAGCGCGAGGGCAAAACUGACCCGAAAAGUGACUCUCCGAGCCAGGAUAGCUGUCCAGACGACAAGGUUAAGCAGGAUGACAAAAGAGAAGGGAAAGAUGGGGACAGUGGCGUCGGCGAGAAGGACGGAGACAAGAAAAGCGGCAAGUACGAAAAACCUCCCUUUAGUUAUAACGCGUUGAUAAUGAUGGCCAUCAGACAGAGUCCAGAGAAGAGGCUUACUCUGAACGGGAUUUAUGAAUUUAUCAUGAAAAAUUUUCCCUACUACCGGGAGAACAAGCAAGGCUGGCAGAACUCCAUUCGUCACAACCUCAGUCUGAAUAAAUGCUUUGUUAAGGUUCCACGGCACUAUGACGACCCGGGCAAGGGUAACUACUGGAUGCUGGAUCCCAGCAGCGACGACGUUUUCAUCGGCGGAACCACUGGAAAACUUCGCCGGCGGUCCACCACAUCUCGGGCCAAGCUGGCCUUUAAACGUGGUGCCCGACUGACCUCGGGGCUUACCUUCAUGGACAGGACCGGAUCCUUGUACUGGCCUAUGUCCCCCUUCCUCUCCCUGCACCAUCCAAGGGCCGGCGGCGCCCUGGGCUACAACGGGACCUCCUCUGGAUAUCCGGGUCACCCAAUAUCCUACAGCACCAUGCUCACCCAGAACAUGAGCAACAAUCAUUCGUCCUUUCCGUCCUCUAACGGACUUAGCAUGGAUCGGCUGGUAGGCGGGGAUCUCCCUUACGCGACGCAUCACCUAACAGCAGCAGCCCUCGCGGCCUCGGCAGUUCCCUGUGGUCUUUCCGUGCCUUGCUCCGGGGCUACUUACUCACUAAACCCUUGCUCGGUGAACCUGUUGGCCGGACAGACAAGUUAUUUUUUCCCCCACGUACCACACCCGUCCAUGACUUCACAGACGGGUGCGGGUGGCGGCGGAACCUUGCAGGCUGCUCGGGCGUCAGCCUCCAAUUCCCCGCAAGCUCCGUCCUCUUCCUCGCUGUCAUGUGACGCUCUACGGCCGGCGUUGUCCGGUUCUUUGCCAGCUUUUUCUUCGGGACUUUCUGGGGGUUUGUCUGACUAUUUUACACAUCAGAACCAGGGAUCAACUUCCAACCCGCUUAUACACUAA